GGAGAGAGGCGCUCAAGCACCCCUUGGCGGGCCCCAGGGUCCAAGGGUCCCCUCCAUCCCCCCCAUCACACCCCAAGCCCCGGGGAGCAGCCCUGCGGGGCGGGGCCUGGCCGCGCGCCGGCGCGUCCAGCAGGUGGCGGCAGCGAGCGGCCGCGCCCCCCCCCCGCGCUGCCACCCCGCGAGCCCGCAUCAUGGAUGUCGAGCUCUCCUAUUUCGCCUUGCUCGCCUUGGAAUCCGAGACUCCAGACGAGGACCAGGAUUCAUGAGCCGGUCGCAGGGGCCCAGGCAGGGGCCUCUGGCUCCCGACGCUGGUCGAGAGGUGAUGAGUGAGGUCGGAAGAUCGCAAGAUUUAAAAAGCAACCGGGUCCUCCGUAUUGAAUGAAAGACCCAGUGCAAAGGCAUCACCAUGAACACGAGCAUUCCUUAUCAGCAGACUCCUUACAAUCCCCGAGGCAGCUCCAAUGUCAUCCAGUGCUACCGAUGUGGAGACACCUGCAAAGGGGAAGUGGUUCGUGUCCACAAUAACCACUUCCACAUCAGAUGCUUCACCUGUCAAGUGUGUGGCUGUGGCCUGGCCCAGUCGGGCUUCUUCUUUAAGAACCAGGAGUACAUCUGCACUCAGGAUUACCAGCAGCUCUACGGCACCCGCUGCGACAGCUGCCGGGACUUCAUCACCGGGGAGGUCAUCUCUGCCCUGGGCCGCACCUACCACCCCAAGUGCUUCGUGUGCAGCUUGUGCAGGAAGCCUUUCCCCAUUGGAGACAAGGUCACCUUCAGCGGAAAGGAAUGCGUGUGUCAGACGUGCUCCCAGUCCAUGACCAGCAGUAAGCCCAUCAAGAUCCGCGGACCGAGCCACUGUGCCGGGUGCAAGGAGGAGAUCAAGCACGGCCAGUCGCUCCUGGCGCUGGACAAGCAGUGGCACGUCAGCUGCUUCAAAUGCCAGACCUGCAGUGUCAUCCUCACCGGGGAGUACAUCAGCAAGGACGGUGUUCCGUACUGCGAAUCUGAUUACCACUCCCAGUUUGGAAUUAAAUGCGAGACUUGUGACCGAUACAUCAGCGGCAGGGUCUUGGAGGCAGGAGGGAAGCACUACCACCCAACCUGUGCCAGAUGCGUACGCUGCCACCAGAUGUUCACCGAGGGGGAGGAGAUGUACCUCACCGGUUCUGAGGUGUGGCACCCCAUCUGCAAACAGGCAGCCCGGGCAGAGAAGAAGUUAAAGCAUAGGCGGACGUCCGAAACCUCCAUCUCACCCCCUGGCUCCAGCAUCGGGUCACCCAACCGAGUCAUCUGCGCUAAAGUGGAUAAUGAGAUCCUUAAUUACAAAGACCUGGCAGCUCUCCCCAAGGUUAAGUCCAUCUACGAGGUACAACGCCCUGACCUCAUUUCCUACGAGCCUCAUUCCAGAUACACGUCCGACGAGAUGCUGGAGAGAUGUGGCUAUGGAGAGUCGCUGGGAACACUAUCUCCCUACUCCCAGGAUAUCUACGAGAGCCUGGACCUCCGACAGAGAAGGGCCUCCAGCCCCGGAUACAUCGACUCCCCCACCUACAGCCGCCAGGGCAUGUCCCCCACCUUUUCCCGCUCGCCUCACCACUACUACCGCUCUGCUGGAGAAAGUAACAUCUACCGGAAACCCCCGAUCUACAAAAGGCAAGGCGAUCUGUCAACAGCAACCAAAAGCAAAACAAGUGAAGACAUCAGCCAGGCCUCCAAGUAUAGUCCAGCCUACUCACCAGACCCCUACUAUGCUACAGAGUCUGAGUACUGGACGUACCAUGGGUCCCCCAAAGUGCCCCGAGCCAGAAGGUUCUCGUCUGGAGGAGAGGAAGACGAUUUUGACCGCAGCAUGCAUAAGCUUCAGAGUGGAAUUGGCCGGCUGAUUCUGAAGGAGGAGAUGAAGGCCCGCUCCAGCUCCUACGCAGAUCCCUGGACCCCACCCCGGAGCUCCACCAGCAGCCGGGAGGCUCUGCACACAGCUGGCUAUGACAUGUCCCUCAAUGGCUCCCCUCGGUCCCACUACCUGGCCGACAGCGACCCCCUCAUCUCCAAAUCUGCCUCCCUGCCUGCCUACCGAAGAAACGGGCUGCACAGGACGCCCAGCGCAGAUCUCUUCCACUAUGACAGCAUGAACGCCGUCAACUGGGGCAUGCGAGAGUACAAGAUCUACCCGUAUGAACUGCUGCUCGUGACCACAAGAGGAAGAAAUCGACUGCCCAAGGAUGUGGACCGGACGCGUUUAGAGCGCCACCUGUCCCAGGAGGAGUUCUACCAGGUCUUCGGCAUGACCAUCUCUGAGUUUGACCGGCUGGCCCUCUGGAAGAGGAAUGAACUGAAGAAGCAAGCCCGGCUGUUCUAGGCAGAGGCUCUAUAAAUAUAUAUGCAUUUAUAUAAAGAUAUAUGUAAAAUCUC